CACACACACACACACACACACACACACACACACACACACACACACACACACACACACACACACACCUCUAACCUCCAAUAGAAUCUAAAUUGCACCAAGACAAGGGACUAGAUCAUUAUUUUCUGCUGUGACUAUUUCUCACUCAUUCAGUGUUUCUAAUCAAUGAUUUCAUUUGUGCAAAGUGGGGGGGAGAAGCUCAUUACACAGGCCCACAUUAACAAGCGGAAAUCGUUCUCCCACACAACAGUUUAAUCAAUCAUCUUGAUAAGCAGAUACAGCUUAAUCAAUGAUCCCCACAGUGUAACUGUUCAACUGUGGAAAGGGGGGGAAAUCACUAUCUUGUCCUGCAUUAAUAUAAUGGGUUCUGUGUGUGUGUGAGUGUGAGUAUGAGUGUGUGUGUGUGUGUGUGUGUGUGUGUGUGUGUGUGUGUGUGUGUGUGUGUGUGUGUGUGUGUGUGUGUGUGUAUACCAUGGUGCUAUUUUACACAGAUUGACGGGGUCUGUCAGUUAUUAAUAUACAUCUACAAGGUCAAUAAGGUACAGCUCUACUCCACAGACAACAUCUUUCGACUGGAGUCGUCCCACUUCGAGAACGGCCGGGGGAAAAGCCCCUACGACCCCAAGAUGCUCUCUGCGUCCAUCAUGUUAGAUGGGGAGCUGUACUCUGGCACGUCGGCAGACUUCAUGGGAAGGGACUUUGCCAUCUUCCGCACCCUCGGGGAGCAUCAUCCCAUCAGGACUGAGCAACAUGACUCUAGAUGGCUCAAUGACCCCAGGUUUGUAGGUGUAAACCUGAUCCCAGAGAGUGACAACCCUGAGGAUGAUAAGAUCUUCCUCUUCUUCAAAGAGAACGCCAUGGACGGAGAACACACUGGCAAGGCCACUAUUGCCCGCAUAGGACAACUGUGUAAGAAUGACCUGGGAGGUCACAGGAGUCUGGUCAAUAAGUGGACCACCUUCCUCAAGGCCAGACUGACCUGCUCAGUGCCAGGCCUCAACGGCAUCGACACACACUUCGACGAGCUGCAGGAUGUCUUUCUGAUGAGCUCCAAAGAUCCUAAGAACCCAGUGAUCUAUGCUGUCUUCACAACUUCUAGUAACAUAUUCAAAGGCUCAGCAGUGUGUAUGUACAACAUGGCAGACAUUCGGAGGGUCUUCCUGGGUCCCUAUGCCCACCGAGAUGGGCCCACCUACCAGUGGGUACCCUUCCAGGGGAGGGUGCCCUACCCCCGCCCUGGCACGUGCCCCAGUAAAACGUUUGGGGGCUUUGACUCCACCAAGGACCUCCCUGAUGAUGUGAUCACCUUUGCGCGGGGCCACCCGGCCAUGUUUAACCCUGUGCACCCCAUCGGGGGUCGUCCCAUCGUGGUGAGGACUGAUGUGGACUACCAGUUCUCCCAGCUAGUGGUGGACAAGGUGGAGGCUGAGGAUGGACAGUACGACGUCAUGUUCAUUGGAACAGACCUGGGCACGGUCCUGAAGGUGGUUACCAUCCCAAGAGAGAGCUGGCAUGACCUGGAAGAGGUGGUCCUGGAGGAGAUGACCGUGUUCAGGGAGCCCACCCCCAUCACAGCAAUGGAGCUUUCCACCAAACAGCAACAGCUGUACCUGGGCUCGGCGCUAGGCGUUUCCCAGAUGCCUUUGCACCGCUGUGAGGUGUACGGGAAGGCUUGCGCUGAGUGCUGUCUGGCCCGUGACCCCUACUGUGCCUGGGAUGGAACAGAGUGCUCCCGUUACUUCCCUACCGCCAAGCGGAGAACGAGACGCCAGGACAUCAGGAAUGGAGAUCCCCUCUCCCAGUGCUCCGACCUGCAGCAUCAUGAUGACGUGGACGGGCUGGGUCAUGUGGAGGACAGGAGUGUGUACGGAGUGGAGAACAGCAGCAUGUUCCUGGAGUGUAGUCCCAAGUCCCAGAGAGCCCUCAUCUACUGGCAGCUCCAAAGACCUAACGAGGACCGCAAACAUGAGAUCAAGUCGGAGGACAGGAUGAUCCGCACGGAGCAGGGCCUGCUCAUCCGCAUCCUCACCCAGGCCGACUCAGGCGUCUACACCUGCCACGCUGUGGAGCACGGCUUCAUCCAGCCCCUCCUCCGCCUCUCCCUCCAGGUCAUCCCCACACAGAGGCUGGGUGAGCUGCUGCCUGGUGGGCCUCAGGGUGGAGCUGGAGGGUCUGGUGGCGCAGGUAGUGGGUCUGGUGGUGCAGGUGGGCCUGCUGGUGCAGGGCACUCGACAAAACACAAGCUGUGGUACAGGGAUUUCCUCUCCCUCCUCGACCACCCUGACCUGAACAGCGUGGAGGAGUUCUGCGAAAAGGUACGUGUGUGGCGGAAGGAGCGCAAGCAGCGGCGUCUGAAAGCCCCACCAUCACCACCAAUGACCAAAGUCUGGCUAGGCCUGACGGCGGAGCUCCAAGCUCAGGCACAGGCCCCUAAAAACAACAACCAGAAUGCCCAGAACUCUCAGGCCACACCCAACACCCAGAGCCCCCAGAAGGGCCACGGCGCCCUGGGUGGAACCCAGGUGCCUGGUGGUGGGGCCAGAGGUGGACCCCAGCACACGGCCAAGUGGAGGCGGAUGCAGGAGAAUAAGAAGGGGCGAAACAGGAGAACCCAUGAGCAACAGAGACCCCCGCGGAGUGUCUGA